GACUGAGUCCUUCCAGUUUCCUGUGCCGGUAUUCUACACACAAGGGCGAAAAGAUGGCAAGUUCGGUGGCGAAAAUUGUGAAAGCAGUCAGCAGAAAAAACUGUCAGCUGCAGAAUUUUGUUGCACCGGCAAGUCUGGGUGUCCAGCAAAAAAGACAAUAUGGAGACCAUAAACGCAUCAAGGUGGCCAAUCCAGUUGUAGAGCUUGAUGGAGAUGAGAUGACCCGCAUCAUCUGGGAGAAGAUCAAGGAAAAGUUGAUCUUUCCGUACCUUGAUGUUGACUGCAAGUACUACGAUCUGGGUCUUCCAUACCGUGAUGCCACAGACGACCAAGUGACCAUCGACUCUGCCGAAGCCAUCAAGAAGUACAAUGUGGGCAUCAAAUGUGCCACCAUCACCCCUGAUGAGGCCCGUGUUGAAGAGUUCAAGUUAAAGAAGAUGUGGUUGUCCCCUAAUGGCACAAUCAGGAACAUCCUGGGCGGCACAGUGUUCCGGGAGCCAAUCAUCUGUGAGAAAAUUCCCAAGCUGGUUCCCGGCUGGACCGAAGCCAUUGUGAUUGGCAGACAUGCCUUUGGUGAUCAGUACAAGGCAACAGACAUGGUGUUUGAUGGCCCCGGAAAGUUUGAGGUGGCCUGGACCCCGGUUGGCGGGAGUGAGACCAAGACCCAGGUGUUUGAGUUCAAGAAUGGGGGUGGUUGUGGAAUGGCCAUGUACAACACUGACGAGUCAAUCACAGGUUUCGCACACGCGUGUUUCCAGUAUGCAAUUAUGAAGAAAUGGCCACUGUACAUGAGCACAAAGAACACAAUUCUGAAGAGAUAUGAUGGCAGAUUUAAGGACAUCUUUGAGGAAAUCUACCAGGCCAAGUAUGUUAAGGAGUUUGAGAAGCUUGGCAUCUGGUACGAGCAUCGCCUCAUUGACGAUAUGGUCGCACAAGCUCUCAAGUCUAGUGGAGGGUUCGUGUGGGCUUGCAAGAACUAUGAUGGUGAUGUGCAGUCAGAUGUUGUUGCUCAGGGAUACGGAUCUCUUGGUCUAAUGACCAGCGUGUUGGUUUGUCCAGAUGGUAAAACAAUUGAGGCUGAGGCUGCCCAUGGAACUGUCACCAGACAUUACAGGGAACACCAGAAGGGCAACCCAACCAGCACAAACCCGGUUGCCAGCAUUUUCGCUUGGACAAGAGGUUUAGAGCACCGAGGCAAGCUGGACAACAACCCAGAACUCCAGCGCUGGGCAUCACAACUUGAGAAGGCGUGCAUUUCCACAGUUGACAGUGGAAAGAUGACAAAGGAUCUGGCAGGAUGUAUCUAUGGCCUUAAGAAUGUGAAGCCAGAGCACUACCUGAACACCAUGGAUUUCCUGGAUGCUAUUGACGAAACCUUCCAGAAGAUGCAGUAACAAGCUCAUGACUGUGAUACCAACUCAAUUACAUUCAACAGAACGAAUAAGAAUCGUAUAGAAGUAUUUGUGUUUUGAUCUAAUGCAACGAUGUUUUGAAUGAGUGAAUACUUUUCAGGUGCAGCUUUAUAUUGAAAUUGACAAUGUUACUGUAAUUGAAUGGUAAUUUAUAUGACUUUUACCUUCUUUUGGAGAUUUUACCAUUUUUGAUGAUUCUAAAGAUAUUGAUACAGUAUAAAAUAACGCUGACAUAACUAGAAUACUGAAGAGUGUUAUGUAAAUAAUAUUUAUUUUUGUCUACCCUACAAUGCCAACGAGUUAAAAAAAAUCAAUCAAUUACGAGGUGUUGGCUAUAUGUUUUUCCUGUGUUAAAAUGGCAUUUUGUUAUUGUAUAUUUACAAGCAUUAAAAUGCUAGUCAAAUAGAUUUAUGUGCUGUUUUUCUUAUCAAACUCCACCUGCAGACCUGUAUGCAUUGAUAAACCUUUCUGAAAUUGAUUUUUACCAUUUUGUCUUUGGCAGCCAACUUUUCAGUAUUUUUAUCAUUCAUUAGUAGUGCCAUUGUUCAUUUUUUCUAUUGAUCUUUUUCUGCCCAUAUUAGCACCCUUUUGCUAUUUUGAGACUUUAAUUAAUACCUUACGAUGCAACUAGAUUGUGAUGCAUCAUGUGUUAAAGGCCAUUAGAGAGAAUACUACUGUUGGGUCAGGGGACCAUUUGUUGACACUGUCUGCUGUGCUAACCCUUUGACUUUCUGCCUAGACAUGAAAUAUUUAGUUGUGUUUUGGAAGUCUAUGUAGAGUUGUCAGAUGGAGGUGUCUUACUGCUGUAUGCAAGUCUCACUUCGUUAUUUGUGUGAAAUUAACUAGGUUUGGAACAAAACUGAAAUAAAAAGAAGAAAAUA